UAUUGUUUAGAAUAUGUUUGUGCUCUGAGUCUUUUUUUUUUCUCGAAUUUCAUUCAUCAUACAAGGGAAACCUAAGUUGGGGUCGAAAUUAUACUGUUUGUUUGAAGACAGUUUGCAAUAUAUAACAGUCAAACUUACAUUUUUGCCAUAUAUAUGCAUUGAGAGAAUGCUAUUCAUUCUCGCGGAGUCGACUACAUAGACAAAAGAUAUUAAAAGGAUUAAGUUGGAGGAAUCUACAUAACACUGAAAUAUUCUAGAUGUUGCUACCGAAAAAUGAGAACUCAAGUGACAAUCUAGAGAAACAAGAUGAAACCGAACUAAAAGCAUCCCAUGCAUUUGUUGCUCCAAGUGUAACAACCAACACAGGAAGUAAUCCUAAACUGUCUUCAAAGUGUGUUGCCAUAACUGCGUUAUCUAUUCUGAACAAACUACCCAAAUCAAGCGCCGUUAGUCAGUUUUCUACCGUGGAAACCUCGUAUGCAAUUCAGAAUUCUGCACGAAACAAUGUUAAUCUACCAGACUUGAGUGCUAAACGUAGCACAAAAAUCACGGCUUUCUACGGCAAGUACUUCACAAAACAAUUGACUCCGGGUGGCGUUACAAAUAAAAUGAUAAACGCUACAUCCUAUAAUACCCAAAAAUGGCCCCUUGCCAGCGAUCAUUACCCCGGUUUUAAACCCCUGGGUUUUCGUAUUCGUCCAACAUUUGGCGAACAGUGCCUGAAAACUGGAAUUCAAUGGCCGGAUUGCCGUGAAGAUCCUGGGCCUAGUUUACCCUUCAUGGACUUGUUUGACGACCAUCCCACGCAUGUCAAAUCUUGUGAGCCCAUGAAGAAUAAUUCUAUGAUGAAACCUGUAAAAUCCAUUUCCCGAAGCAGAAGAAAUCGGUUUCCUGCGCUGUUUGAUCCGUACAAUAUCCGCAGAGGGCUUUUGACUUUUGAAGGGAAAUCGCGGCCAUGCGAUAUCAUCUCGGAAGAAAUUCAGUCGUCAGUUGAGUUUCCUAAAGUUAGAUCAUGUCAGUUAAACGAAGUGAUUAAACAUGAGCGCGAUAAUUUAAACGAACGACUUGAAAAUGUCGAAAGUGAAGACUGUUCUGAUUGUCAGCUAUGUCUAAAAGAGAUAGAACAUCAGGCUCGCGUUAGUGAUGCAAACAAAUUACCUUCAAGUUCAAACUCACAAAGAUAUCACAUUCGUCUGCCGACGAUAGAUUAGUGUAUCUUUUGUCCGUCAUAUUUGUGCAUUAUCGUGAUACAUCCAAGGAAAACAAGAAGAAAUUUUAAGUGUUAUGCUAAUGUGGACAUCUAGAUAUAGCGCUUUUAAAAUCUCGAGAUCGGACUUCGUUACUUGUAAAAUACAUAAUUCGUUAGCCACAGUCUACACAAAAGGCUACAUUCCAGCUUAUUAUAGUAACUAUUAGUACCAUGCACACUUGCAAUUUUGCAACUCUACUUUUUUUGCAUGUUAAUAAAAAGUGUAUACAAAGCGUGUCUUUUAUUUCUUAAUAAUACAAUACAA